AUGCUUGUUUUUGGACUGCUAGCAUUGUUUUCCAUUAUCUCCGCAAACGACUUAAGUUUUUCCACGAAAAAUCUCAAUAAGGAAGUAAAAUUACUUAUUCCUAAAAGCCAUCAGAAAUAUGCAACACCUCCACCGCCAAGAAUUAAACUGGCAGAGACACCAGAAUGUGCUGAUGACAUUCGAAGAAUUUGUCCAAAUAGUAUAAUAAACAAUAAUUUUGCUGUGCUAGACUGUUUACAAAAUGAUAAGAAAAGAGAAGAUGCUGACUUAACAUCACCAUGUCAUCAUCUUAUUUGGAACUUUAAAAGGAACUUGACUCUUGAUUCAAGAUUUGUUGCCACAGCAAAGCAGAUGUGCCCCAAGUUUUUAGAAAUGCAAAAAGAAUGUAAGCCUUUAGAAGAUGUAAAGGGUCAUAUGCUGUCUUGUUUAAUGGACUUUGCUGAAAAUGCCACAGAACCACAGUGUCGUUCCUUCCUGAAGAAAAUGGAAGCUAUAAUUUUUAGUGACUAUCGUCUCAUCUACAAAUUUGCUGAUGAAUGCAGUUCUGAUAUUCAAGAUUUUCAAUGUGGUCGUCUUGAAAUGGAAGCAGAAGAACCUCACUCUCAGGGAGAAACCAUUGAAUGUUUGUCUAAGCAAACAGAGAAGCUCUCCCAGCCUUGCCGUCAUGAGAUCCUGCGGAUAGCCGAGCUACAAGCUGAUGAUUUCCACCUGGACCGUCCACUUUACUUUGCAUGUCGUGAUGAUCGCGAAAGAUUUUGCAAAAAGGUGGACGCUGGGGAAGGAAGGGUUUACCGCUGCCUCAUGAGGCACAAAACAGAAAGAGAAAUGAGUGUGGAGUGUCGAGAAAAACUGUUUCAAAGGGAAAGGUUGGUUGUGCAUGAUUACAAGGUUAACAGAGGCUUGGCAAAAGCUUGUCGGGAAAACAUCAAGAUAUAUCACUGCAGGGAUGAGACUUCUGAAAGGAGAGAAAUCAGACUUGCUCAGAUAUUGCUUUGCCUUGAAAAUGCUUUACAUAAAGGAUAUCCUGUUGCUGGUGAAUGCCAAGCAGAAAUGCUGGAACACAGGCAAACAUUGAUGGAGAACUACCAACUGACCCCAGAAUUAGCAGCAGCUUGUGAGAAAGAUGUUCAGCACCUUUGUGGGCGUAGGUUAGAGUUGGGUGGAAAGACGCUGCAUUGUUUGAUGGAUCAUGCAAAGCCAUCUCGUCACGAUGGAGGCCGCAUAUCUGAUGCUUGUCGCAGAGAGCUUGAAGCUUUAUUAAAACAAAGUGAUGUUGGAGAAGAUUGGAGAGUUGAUCCUGUUCUUCAGGAAUCUUGUCAGCCAGUUGUUGAUGCUGUAUGUUCGCAAGAAAAGCCGGGAGAAGGAAGGGUUAUGACUUGCUUGAUGAAAAAUUUUGAUUCUCCAAAUAUGAAUGAAGAUUGUAAAGAAAAACUGCUUCAAAUUCAGUAUUUUGUUGCUAGAGACUUCAAAUUAGAUCCAGCUUUGUACAAGCGAUGCAGAAAAGAAGCAGAAAAAUAUUGCCACGCAAAAAAAGAAUGGUAUGACAAACCCUCAAGAAUGGAUCCAGAAAGAGGACCAAUUGUUCUUCCAUGUCUGUAUCGUUAUGCCUACCAUCCUGAUAAAAAUGUUCAGUUGUCCAGAGAAUGUCUGUAUGAAGUCCGGCGUGUGAUGCGACAGAGGGCCGUCAGUGUGGACCUGUUGCCUGACAUUGAGGAGCCUUGUCUGCAUGAUCUUUCAAGAUUCUGUAAUGAAAAUGUUGAAAAGGGAGAGGAAAUGGUUUGUUUGCAAAAGAAUUUGAAAGAUUUAUCAUCAGAAUGUCAAAAAGCUGUUUCUAAUUAUACAGAGGAAGAAUCUGAGCACCUAGAGCUGAAUUAUCCUUUAUUCUUUUCAUGCAGUACCAUACUUCAUAAACAUUGCAAUGAUUUACUUGCUAAAGAUGUUGACCAAGGAGAUUUGAUACAAUGUCUAAUUUUGCAUAAAAAUGAACCAGAAAUGAAAAUGAAUCCAAAAUGCAGAGUUUCUGUGGAACAUUUUCAAUUGAUUUCCCUCAAGAAUUAUAGGUUCAGUUAUAAGUUCAAAGAGGCUUGCAAAAAAGAUGUUCUCCACUUAUGCAAGAGUGUCAAAACUAAGCCUGAAGUAAUUAGUUGCUUGAGUGGUAUAGUAACAAAUGACACUGUGUUUGAAAAGACUCAUAGGGUAUCAAGAGACUGCAGGCAGCAGUUGAAGUUUGAGUUAUUUGAGAGGGAUGAAAAUAUAAAACUUGAUCCUGUUUUAAAUUCUGCUUGUACAGAGGAUCAAAAGAAAUUCUGCAGCAAUGUGCGCCCUGAAGAGGGUCAGAUGCUUGAAUGUCUGAAGAAUCACCAGAAGGCUCUUUCUCUACAAUGUCACAGAACAAUAUUUAAUCGGGAAAAGGAAGAAAUGGUAGACAAUUCUAUUGACUAUGCCUUAGUGUCUACAUGCAAAGCAAUGAUCAAGAAGUUCUGUCCUGACUCGGACAUGUCACAGGUACUGGAUUGCUUAAAAGAAAGACGUGAGGACAAUGGAAUGGAGCGCAACUGUAGAAAGAUAAUCAUCAAGAGGAUGGUUGAGCAGAAUUCGGAUUACAGAUUGAAUCCGCGCUUAAAACAAGCAUGCAUUAGGGACAUUCCAAAGUUUUGCUCAACUGUGAUAGCAGAUCACAAAGAUGAAGUUGAGUUGGAAGGAAAGGUUAUUGGUUGUUUGAAACAGCAGUACAGAAAAAAUAAGAAACUGUCUCGAACUUGUGAAAAUGAAGUUGUACAUUUGAUGCGUGAUGCUGCCCAAGAUUACAACUUAGAUCCUCAACUAGUUCAUGCAUGCUCAGUUGAGAUUCAACUAAAAUGUGCUGAAGAACCCAACGUUGAAGAAUGUUUAAAAAUCAAAUUUCAGAAGAAAGAGUUGGAGAGUGCUGAUUGUCGAAGAGAAGUUGCAAGAAUAAUAUUUGAAGGAAAAGCUGACAUUCAAUCUGAUCCAAUUCUUUAUAGGUUAUGUGUUACAGAUAUUAAGCAUUUUUGUAGUGAUAUUCCUGCAGGACAUGGAAAGCAACUUUCAUGUCUUUUAAAUGUUUUGAAUGGGGACUCAUCUGGUAAAGCUUCACAAUCUUUAUCUGAAGAGUGCAGAACAAUGCUCACAAAGAGAGUAGAAAUGUUUGAAUAUGCAGCGCAGGUCGCUCCUGUUGAAUCUGUGGAUGAUAUUGUGAGACAAGUAAUUGCUUCUCCUUCUAAGAAUUACUUCAUAGGAAUAACGCUUGGCUCGCUGUUAGGCAUCUUCAUUGGCGGGAUUUGCUGUGGGCGAGUGACGAAGAGAGUUCCAAUGUCCAUGAAGAACAAAUGAUGUGUUUGUUUCAAAACAUUUUGUAAAACAGAAUUCUAACAUCUUUGAAGAGUCUUGUAUAGAAGAUAACUUCACAUGCUACUGCCACAUCGAGAUUUGACCUUUUUUAAUCAAGUAAUUAAGGUUCCUCCCCCAACAAGGAAUAAAUCGUAUGAAAUAUGUUCGAUUAAUACAGAUUUCAUUUGCACAAAAAAUAGAGGCAUCUUCUCAAAAAGUGGUCAGUUAGUAAUAUUUAGAGAGACUGCAUUUCAUUCAAUUUUUUGAAUGUGAUACCAAAGAAGGAUCUAUUUUGGGCUCUUAUUUUUUCAUUUAGACCAUGCAAAUUGACUUCAAUAAUGUUUGCCGUAAACUAAGUUUCUUUUCUAUCUGUGUAAAUACGUCUGUGUAAAAUUCAUUUGAAGUCUUUUGUUCAGUUUUAUUAUUCAAAAAUGAUUAGUGGAUGGUGGUUAGUUAUGAAAUGA